CCUCCCUGGAGCGGUGAUCCACGAGCUUCCACGGGUCUUCUCGAGCCAUAGACUAUCAGCUACUGCGAUCAUUCCCGCAGGUUGGCAUUCCAAUGGCGCAGAUCCCCACGCCGCCGGCCUCGCGCUCUCCUACCCCGGCCCCCGAAUCCGAUGCCGGGCUCAAGCAGUCCCAACCCCAACCCCCCGUAGCCGAUUCCUCGACGGAUCUGCUGCAGUCGCUGGAUAGUCUCCUGGAACGGUACCUGCAUCUUCUCGACCAGCACCAGAAGUUGCAGGCGGAGCUCGGGUCCCAGCUCUCGUCGGGCUUCCUCUCUCUCGCGCAAGCGAACUAUACCUGCCCCCCCGGACGACAUUAUGGCGCGGAUUACUAUGACGAGCGCAUGAAGGCGACGAAGAGAGUGUGGGUCUGGCCCUGUCGUCUCUACAAGAACCAACCCAUCGCUAACCCAUGCGAGCUAAUCAGGACCCUCGAACCUCCUUCGCACCUAAUUGAUGGACACCAUACGCUUCAGACUGAAGGUUCGCUGGAGACGGACUCUGCGGACGCCAAAGCUAAACCUAUCUUUGCCGUUGAAUCGGUGACAAUCAAACACCCCGAGCAUGAGGGUGAGGAGGAGACUGAGGCUGAGGCGGACGAGAAGACGGAAUCAGACACCGGUUCGUCCCAGGAAGAUCCGUCUAGACGUGAGGAAAGCACACAGACGGGCGAGUCCGUGACCACGGCGGAGGAUCAAGCGCAACCGGAUGUGGACGCACAUGCGAAGCCCAGACGGCCGAAGAAGAAGUUCCGCUCCUCGGACCCGAUCCACUGGUAUGGGAUCCUGGUCCCUCCUUAUCUGCGCAGCGCCCAGAAGACCUUCACGACGGCCGUUGAGGGCCGGCUCCCCGAGUUGGCCAGCGUCGUUGUUGAGAUGCAGAUGGUGGAGAAGGAAGUUACUCGGGUAAGGAGGGAGCUGGGCCGGGUUGAGUGAUAUUUGUCUUCUGGCGCCAACAGGCAGGCUGGCGUGUGAGCUCCCAGCCGUGAACACUGAACGGCUCUGCGAGUCAAAUAGGCUCGAGCUUCAUCAAUAUAGAUAACAAUGCGGCGUAUAAAUAGAAAUGGACAUGGGAGCUACGGCAGUUGCCAAAUGAAAGAUAAUAUCGAG